AUGCCAGUUCUGAGACAGCACGUUCAAGCACGACGGGCCGACGCGGAGAAUAUGCCUCCCGCCCCGGCCGUCAAAGGCGUUGCCGCCAACCGCCUCCGAAGCAGUUUGCACGACGCUUCACGACGACGACGAGGACGCGCAACCAACACACCCCGCAACUCCAAGCAACUUGUCGAACAGGCAAAGCGACGGGAUGUCAUGAAACCCAAAUCGACUUCUACUGGCUCGCUCAAAUUCACUAUUACUUCGCCUCCAUCGACUGAUGUUCAAAUGAGCGACGCUGCUCCAUCAACUUCAACCCCGCUCACAAUUCCUAUCUCCCUCCCCAAGGAACUUGCUCGACCACAGUUCAAGGAAGUUCCUCGCGAGGCUCUCAUGGCUGUGAACCCAGAGCUUGCCGAUACCGAUCCUGAAUACAUUCGCCAGGUGCUUGAAUCUCACGGGCCUCACUUCGUGCUCGCUGCCCACUGCUCGAACCUCUCACCAUUCCCACCUGCAGCAACCAUCCCUUCGGCACCCGCAUCGAGCGACGACAAAGUUCGCCUGCCCGUGCGCUCUCUCUGCCUCCCAUCCCCAGAAAACUACGCGCCUCUCGCCGCCUACCUUUACCACAAGCAAACGACCACCCUCCUCAACGCCAUGCUCCCCAGCCCCGUUCCUCACAACUUUGAAAUCGAACAAAAGCAUGGCGCGACCGUCGACUCGUUCGCAACACGGCUAGGGCGCACCUACACCUUUGAAAAACUUCUUUUGAACACCAUGAUGAUCCACGGCCUCUGGCAGAACGCCUGCGCACUGGGCAUCCACGACCAGCUGCUCUGGGACACGAUCGAUUUGGCAUGGCAGGUCAUGCUCACUGCUCUUGCAGUCAGCACAGGCAAGCCAUCGCUCAUGAUCUCUUCCGUUUCUACCGACUAA